AUGUUCCCCGCCAUAAUAUUGUCCAGGCCAGCUGCGGACAUAGCUCCUUAUCUCCUUCGAAGGGAAGCGGGUCGCGCCGAAGCUCUUUUUGGUCCCGAUGUGAAGGAUGCUUCCGGCGCCGCUCCUGUUUUAUCCACUCAUCAAGAACAUCAGUGCCUUCAAUCUCCAGAAACUUGCCGAGUGGCAAGCAUAUGUGCUCUUGCAUCGCCAACACGCGUUGCUCAUGAGUAUUUCCUCGAUCUCCCAAGGCUCAAACAAACAGAGAAAUGUCGUCAGGAUAUCAACAGAUUUGAAUUUCAAUCCUCGGAAGCACCACCGCGAGCUAUCUGCGAUUUUGCCAAAGAGAUUGCAGCAGAGCUGGAAGCGAUACCGGACGCGCUGGAGCCGCAUUUCCUCCGUCUUGCUGAGCGGCGUGAUGCUUCGCGCACCUUUGGUCUCAUUAGCGAGGUUGAUUAG